AUGCUUUCCACCAUCCGCACUGUCCUACACGCUGGCCUAAUACUACAGCGGUCUUGCAGAAUUGCUGCCCAGUCUUACCAGAUGGUCGGCACUCCGGACAGAGGUUAUUGUUCGUUCGAUUUCGACAAUCCGACUGGCUAUUUCGCGUACAAUGGUAUAGAUAGCGGCGGCGACACCCAAACAGGAAGCGGAGGCACAGAUCCCUUCCACUCGUUUCUCAUCAUUUGUAACUUCCAGUUCAUUGGUCAAGCGGACAGAGUUACCCAGACUGCGGCAUAUAGCAAUACGGCUAUUGUACCGACUAUAAUCGUGCCUUUCACCGAUGUUCCCGUCACAAGCUUAGUGCCAGGGUCCAAUGCUCAAUGUACUGCUGUGGCCGGGACAACUUCCGAUCCGUUUUUCCAGAUCCAAGAGACUUACGUCCUCAAUUCUCAGACUUCAGUAGCCCCUUCUACAUCGUCGACGGUUGUGGUAGUUCCUACGUCAGUGUUGACGACCACAACAACAACGACCACCCUGAUUCAGCAGACCGAGACCACAGUCACACCAAACACAGUAACAUCCACUGUCGUUACAGGCACAAAGACCGUCCUUGGCAAGCCAACUCUGACUACCAAGACUGUCCGUAUCACACCGUGGGCGCGAACGGUAAAACGAGUCUCGAUUACCUACACAACUACCACGCUCAGCUGCAUUCCACCUUCAAAGGUGGGCAAGAGUAGUCCCCACCAAGAAGGACGCGCUGAAGUCGCUGCCCGCGCCGUCUUAGCGCGUCAAGACAAUACCGAUAUCGAGACCGCAACAUGCUUCAAUCCAACUUCGAGUACGCCAACCAUCGUCAACACCUAUAUUCUCACUUCCACCACAACAAGCACGAUCGUGGAGCAGGCACUUACUACAACCACCACCAUCAGCACAGUCACUGCGCCAGCGCCAACGGCGAUUCAAAACGUGCAAGCUACUUCUACACUCGUCCUUACAUUCACCAGGUACAGAUGGACCGUCUUGCCUCAGUCGACAGUCACCAGUACGAUUUCGUUGGUCAACACCGUGACCAAGCUGCCGAAGACACCACUCAAGCCAUGCGUGCGACCUACCCCAACACCGCCGCCGGGAUCGGGAUCAGGAACACCACAGUGCCAGAAUCCAACUACAAUCGUAGGGAAUGGGUGCAAGAAGGUCCGAUGCAAGAAGUGA